UGUAAAAGUCUUAUUGUUUGAUCAUCUAUACAAAAAUGCUUUUUGGUGUCUAUUUGGUGAGAAAGCACGUGCAGUGAGUUAAUAAGUUUUGCACACUUUAGCAUAUUUGCGAUGGUGGGUGACAAUGUGAGAGAUCAAUGCAAAUAGGGUGUUGUAGAAAAUGAUGUGCUGAUUACGAAAAUGACAAUAUGAACUUGUAGGCAGGAAAUGAGAAAGGGGGAGGGGCUGGAUAUGAAAACAUAUUGAGGUCAUCAUUUGUAGAUGAUUUUGGAAACAUUAGAUUAGGUGGAAAUGUUCUAUUUCAGACUAGACUGUACCCGCCCCGGAUGUGAGGGUGUGUGAGGAGAAGUAUAUAAGAGCAAGCUCACCAGCUCACUUCAUCAGUAUCGAGGAUAUCGGUCAUCAUCAUGUUUUCAUUUUUUGUGACAGUUCUUGUGCUCACUCAAGUCAUUGCUACUUCUGCUGAUCAAAGUGCAUCAGAUGAGAGAAAUCAGCAGACAUAUGUGUCUGCUGGUGUACCUGGAGUACCUGGAGUACCCGGAUCAGCUGGAGUUAAUGGAUCACCCGGACGAGAUGGAAUGAAAGGAGAAAAGGGAAUGAACGGAGAGAAAGGAUUAGUUGGAGAUGCUGGUGCACAAGGAAUUAAAGGAGAAGAAGGAAGAAAAGGAGAGAAAGGAAUAAAAGGAGAGAGAGGAUUAGUUGGAGAUGUCGGUGGUAAAGGUAAUGCUGGGAAGAUAGGUCCACAAGGUCCACAAGGUCCACAAGGAAUAAAAGGAGAAACAGGAAGGAAAGGAGAGAAAGGAGAAGCUAUGACACUCAACUGGAAACAGUGUGUGUGGAAUAGAAAUGAUAGAAAGGACAGCGGUCUGAUUCAGAACUGUAAUUUUAGGAAACAUGACAACAAUUCAGCUCUACAUGUUGCAUAUGCAGGAAAUCUCGGGCUUCUAUGCUCCAGUGGUGCUUGCUGUUCUCGAUGGUAUUUUACAUUCAACGGUAACGAGUGCAGUGGACCUAUGACUAUUGAGGGAGUUGUGUAUGGUGGUCCAGCUGAUGAUAAUCCUGCCCAUCACAGACAGAUUGAGGGAUACUGUGACAACAUUCCAGCAGGUCAAGUCGCAAUUGAAUUCUACAUUGGAAACUGUAACAAAUGGAGAUCAACAACGCAUAAUGGCAAUACAGGCUGGCAUUCACCAUCUCGCAUUAUGAUUGCUGAAGUUCCUCCAUCACAAAAGUAACUGAAUUAGAGAGAAAUUAGAACUUGUGUUCAGUAUAGUUUGCAGUACGUACAGUACGAGGUAGCUGAAGUAGGAGGCUGGAUGGUGGGUGUGCAUGUCUCUCUUUGCCGUAUGUGAGAGUUUGUAUGAUUAAUUCAAUGUGAAGCAGCAACAGAACAAA